AUGAAUUAUUCGUCAAAAGAUAAUAAUAAUCCUGUUCAAAAUAGAGAAAUGGUUGAUAAUAAAACUUAUGAAAAUUCAAUUUACUAUAAGCCAUUUUCAAAAAAAUAUUUUAAUGGAAAAAGCAGAAAAAAAAUUUUGUCUAAUGAAUCAACUCCACGUUCUAAUUUAUCAGAAGAAAAUUUAUUUAAUGAAAUAAGUAAUAGUUAUAACGAUAAUAAACAAAUUUUGUCUAAUGAAAGAUUACCUUUGAAUGAUAAUCCAAGCUACAAAAAUGUAUCUAUUAAUAAUAUUGGAAAUACAUUACGUUUAGUAAUAAAAAUUGUUCCAUCAAAACGAACAGGAUAA